GACCCAGAGCUGUUGCAUCCAGCGGGACGUGUAGGGUCCGACCCAGCCACAGCGCAUCCCCAGCGAAGGAGGCUGGGCUGCUGCACUCUAGCCUCGUGUGGGAGAGGCCUUUCCCCCUAGCCAAAGGGCACCAGAGAGCUCCAGCUCAUGGAAAACCUGUUCCCAGCAGCUAACUUGGGCCUGUGGGCCACUCAGGGUUUAAUUUUGUCCCUGAGUUCCCAAGGGUGAUUCAGGCAGGAUGAGAUUGAGCCCUGGAGGGGGCCAAGUGACUUGGCUAGACAAUAGAGCCAGUGGCCUCCGGGCAAGUGCGGCUCAAGGCCUGGAGACGGCAGGUGUGGAGGAAGAGGUAGGAUUAGUGGGUAUCUACUGCUGAGUCCCGGGAUCUCAUUUAAUCCCCCUAACAACCAUGGGAGAGAGUCAUCACUCCCCCAGUUUCAGAAGAGGAAGCUGAAUCCAGAGAGGUGCAGGGCUGUAGCUGGGGGCCCACAGCAUCCAAGGAAUGGACUGGGAUCACCUGACGCCAGUGCCCGGCUAGAAACUAGAUGGGGCGGUGCUAACUUGGAUUGCACAUGGGUGGCAUCUUCAACAAGGAAGACACCAUCUGCACGGGGCUCGCCAAGCGCACUCCCAAGUGGGAAGCCCAGGACCAGUGGAAAGUCAGAAAAAAGUUCACGGGUAGCACACGAGAGCUGAGGAGCGUGCAGCUGAGACCACAGUGAAUAUUUGGGUUUUCUGAUUUGCUGUUCCCUCCUCCCCACUGGGUGUCUGUUCUGGAGGCCAGGGUGAGAGGUGGAGGAGGAUGGCAACGCAGAUCAGCACUCGGGGCAGCCAGUGUACCAUUGGGCAGGAGGAGUACAGCCUGUACAGCAGCCUGAGUGAGGAUGAACUGGUGCAGAUGGCCAUCGAGCAGAGCCUAGCGGACAAGACAAGGGGCCCAACCACUGCUGAGGCCACCGCGUCUGCAUGUACCAACCGCCAACCGGCCCAUUUCUACCCAUGGACCAGGUCCACCGCACCUCCUGAGAGCUCGCCGGCCCGGGCCCCAGUGGGCUUGUUCCAAGGGGUCAUGCAGAAAUACAGCAGCAGCUUGUUCAAGACCUCCCAGCUGGCGCCUGUGGACCCCUUGAUAAAGGCCAUCAAGGAUGGCGAUGAAGAGGCCUUGAAGACCAUGAUCAAGGAAGGGAAGAAUCUCGCAGAGCCCAACAAGGAGGGCUGGCUGCCGCUGCACGAGGCCGCAUACUAUGGCCAGCUGGGCUGCCUGAAGGUCCUGCAGCGAGCGUACCCAGGGACCAUCGACCAGCGCACCCUGCAGGAGGAAACAGCCGUUUACUUGGCAACGUGCAGGGGCCACCUGGACUGUCUCCUGUCACUGCUCCAAGCAGGGGCGGAGCCGGACAUCUCCAACAAAUCCCGAGAGACACCGCUCUACAAAGCCUGCGAGCGCAAGAACGCAGAGGCAGUGAAGAUUCUGGUGCAGCACAACGCAGACACCAACCACCGCUGCAACCGCGGCUGGACCGCUCUGCACGAGUCUGUGUCUCGCAAUGACCUGGAGGUCAUGCAGAUCCUGGUGAGCGGAGGAGCCAAGGUGGAAUCCAAGAAUGCCUACGGCAUCACCCCCUUGUUCGUGGCCGCCCAGAGUGGACAGUUGGAGGCCUUGAGGUUCUUAGCCAAGUACGGUGCUGACAUCAACACGCAGGCCAGCGACAGCGCAUCUGCCCUCUACGAGGCCUGCAAGAACGAGCAUGAGGAGGUGGUGGAGUUUCUGCUGUCACAGGGUGCCGACGCCAACAAGACCAACAAGGACGGCUUGCUCCCACUGCAUGUCGCCUCCAAGAAGGGCAACUACAGGAUCGUGCAGAUGCUGCUGCCGGUGACCAGCCGCACGCGCAUACGCCGUAGCGGCGUCAGUCCGCUGCACCUGGCGGCGGAGCGCAACCACGACGCGGUGCUGGAGGCGCUGCUGAGCGCGCGCUUCGACGUGAACACGCCGCUGGCGCCGGAGCGCGCGCGCCUCUACGAAGACCGGCGCAGCUCCGCGCUGUACUUCGCGGUGGUCAACAACAACGUGUACGCCACCGAGCUGCUGUUGGAACACGGCGCCGACCCGAACCGCGACGUCAUUAGCCCCUUGCUCGUGGCCAUCCGCCACGGCUGCCUGCGCACAAUGCAGCUGCUGCUGGACCACGGCGCGAACAUCGACGCCUAUAUCGCCACGCACCCCACCGCCUUCCCCGCCACCAUCAUGUUCGCCAUGAAGUGCCUGUCGCUGCUCAAGUUCCUCAUGGACCUGGGCUGCGACGGCGAGCCCUGCUUCUCAUGCCUCUACGGCAACGGCCCGCACCCGCCGGCCCCGCAGCCCUCCAGCAGGUUCAACGACGCGCCCGCAGCCGACAAGGAGCCCAGCGUGGUGCAGUUCUGUGAGUUCGUAUCUGCCCCAGAGGUGAGCCGCUGGGCAGGGCCCAUCAUCGAUGUCCUCCUGGACUACGUGGGCAACGUGCAGCUCUGCUCGCGGCUGAAGGAGCACAUUGACAGCUUUGAGGACUGGGCUGUCAUCAAGGAGAAGGCAGAACCUCCAAGACCUCUGGCUCACCUUUGCCGGCUGCGGGUUCGGAAGGCCAUUGGGAAAUACCGUAUAAAACUCCUAGACACCUUGCCGCUCCCAGGCAGGCUGAUUAGAUACCUGAAAUACGAGAACACCCAGUAACUGGGGCCACAGGGAGAGAGCAGUAGCCCCACAGACUCUUCUUACUAAGUCUCAGGACGUCGGUGUCCCCAACUCCAAGGGGACCUGGUGACAGACGAGGCUGCAGGCUGCCUCCCUCUCAGCCUGGACAGCCACCAGGAUCUCACUGGGUCUCAGGGCCAGAGCUUUGGCCAGAGCAGAGAACAGAAUGUGUCAAGGAGAAGAAUCAUUUGUUUACAAACUGAUGACAGAUCCCAGACCUUCUCUACCUUCAGGAAUGGCAGAAACCUCCAUUCCUGGGGCCAGGGCAGAGCUUGAGGUGUUCUGGGGAAGGUGGGCUCAGAGCCUUCCCUGUGCCCUUCCGCUUGCUCUGGAAAACUCACCACUUGACUUCAGAGCUUUCUCCCCAAAGACUAAGAUGAAGACGUGGCCCAAGGUAGGGGGUAGGGGGUAGGGGGAGCCUGGGUCUUGGAGGGCUUUGUUAAGUAUUAAUAUAAUAAAUGUUACACACAUGA